CUGUGACCCGCUGAAGGCAGCCCAGGGAAGCGGCCUCUCCCCGGGCGCUGGGCGCCGGCGUUCGCUCCGCAGGGCCACGCUGGGCUCCAAGGCUGCAGCAGAGGGAACGGCCAGGUCACCCCGUGGUGACGGGGAUCAGGGCCAGGAGAUGGGACACGGUGGUGAUGGUGGCACAGCCCCCCAGGUGCCACUGGAACCGGGGCCUGUGGCAGCAGCUGGCGAGAGCUCUAUCCCGGGGGACGAUGCAGAACCAGGAGUUGAGCCCCGAGAGGAAGAGGACGAUGAGGACUUUGCCAAGGUUGAUGACCUGGCCUACACAGAUGACCUGCGAGAUGAGAACUAUCACCCAUCCCUGGACAGCGACUCAGAGCCACAGCAACGCCAGAGCCAGCCCAAGGCUCGCAGGAAGCCGAUCAAGGAGGAGCAGCCCCUGCUGGAGCAGCCCCUGCCCAGCCCUGGCCCCUUGGAGGAGAGGAGUGGACGGGUCAGGCAGCCACGGGCGAGUGACAAGGACGUGGCUCAGAUCGGCCCCAAGAGGAUCAGGAAGGCAGCCAAGCGUGAGAUCCUCCUGUGUGACUUCGAAGGCUGCGGCAAAAUCUUCUCCAACCGCCAGUACCUGAACCACCACCAGAAGUACCAGCACGUGCACCAGAAAACCUUCACCUGCUCUGAGCCCACCUGUGGGAAAUCCUUCAACUUCAAGAAACAUCUGAAGGAACACGAGAAGCUGCACAGUGACAAGCGGGAUUACAUCUGUGAGUUCUGUGCACGCUCCUUCCGUACCAGCAGCAAUUUGAUCAUCCACCGACGGAUCCACACCGGGGAGAAGCCACUCCAGUGUGAGAUCUGUGGCUUCACCUGCCGCCAGAAAGCCUCCCUGAACUGGCACAUGAGGAAACACGACGCUGACUCCUUCUACCAGUUCCCGUGUGAUGUGUGUGGGAAGAGGUUCGAGAAGCGGGACAACGUCACUGCCCACAAGAGCAAGAGCCACCCCGGGGGGCUCCCCCAGCCCGAGGGGACCCAGCAGCACCCGGAGCCCCCUGGACCCACGGAGCCUCUGCAGCUGUUGGGGGCUGUCCUGGGCACCGGGGGGGACACAGGGAGGACCCCACUGGAGUACGGGGUGGGGGGUGUUGGGGGGGAUCCAGGCACACCCCAAGGGCAGGGGAUGGGUGAGGGGGGGUCCUAGAGGGCUCGUCCCCCAGUUUGGAGGCUGGAGCAAAAUCUGGGACAAUGCUGGACCCUUCAGGUGCCAAAAAUACAUGGGAGAGGCAAAGCUGGGUGAAAUCCCAGUUUUUCAGCCAAAUCCUAGAUGAAAUCCCAAGUUUUCAGCCAAAUCCCUGGGACAAAUCCCUUUUUUUUUUUUGCCAAAUCCCAGCUUCCCUUGAACCCAGCAGUAUUGCCACAAGUGGAUCCUCAAUAAAGACUUAUUUUGGGUAAAA